UUCCCGCCAAAAAGCCACACUAAAGUUCACCCCACCCCGAGCUCACUAGCCCUAGGCAUAAUCUCACUCUCUCUGGUUGACCGACGGAAGAGUUACGUCCGAUCAUGGCUUCCGAUUCGUCUCCGGCCAACACUCACGGCGAUCCAUCUUCGCCUUACGACUCGCUUUCGAGCCCAAUCGCAAACACGUUCUCAUCUCCCGCCGACUCCGGUCGGCGGAAACGCGGGCGUCGCUCUUCCUCCGCUGCAACGUCGCCGGCCCCUGCUAACCCUCGCUUUACCACUCCGGACGCAACGCCUACUCCGUCCAGUAGGAAUCCUCGAAGACGCGGCGGAAGUAGGUUUACUUCCGCCGCUGCUGCGGCCACGCCUUCCUCCACCGAUGAUGCACCGCAGUCCUCGAUGGGCGGUGGCGGGGGUGAUUCCUCUGCGCCUUCGCCCUCCUCGGACGGCGGAGAUGACGCCCCACCAACGUAUGUCUGGGGCACAAACAUUGUUGUUCAGGAUGUGAAUGCUGCAAUUCUGAGGUUUCUUAGGCAUUUCCGUGAAGAUUCUUCUCAGGUUGAAGGGAAAUACAUGAUAUCCAUUCACCACGUGAUUGAAAUGGAAGGUGAUUCACUUGAUGUGGAUGCAAAUGAUGUGUUUAACUAUGACAGUGAUUUGUACAACAAAAUGGUUAGAUAUCCACUUGAGGUCCUAGCCAUUUUUGACAUUGUUUUGAUGGACAUGGUAAGCAGAAUCAACCCGUUGUUUGAAAAGCACAUACAAGCUCGAAUUUUUAAUCUUAAAACGUCCACUCCCAUGAGAAAUCUCAAUCCAUCUGACAUUGAGAAGAUGGUUUCAGUUAAGGGAAUGAUAAUUCGUUGUAGUUCAAUCAUACCUGAGAUCCGAGAAGCAAUAUUUAGGUGCCUUGUCUGUGGAUAUUAUUCUGACCCUAUUGUUGUUGAUAGAGGCAGAAUUAGUGAGCCCACACUCUGUGGGAAGCAAGAAUGUCUUGCCAGAAACUCAAUGAUUCUGGUUCACAAUAGGUGCAGGUUUGUUGAUAAGCAAAUAGUGAGACUCCAAGAAACGCCAGAUGAUAUUCCUGAUGGAGGAACGCCUCACACAGUGAGCUUGUUGGUGCAUGACAAAUUAGUGGAUGCUGGGAAACCAGGUGACAGAGUUGAGGUCACUGGCAUUUACCGGGCUAUGAGUGUUAGAAUUGGGUCUACGCAAAGGACUGUUAAAUCACUUUUCAAGACUUACAUUGAUUGUCUCCAUUUGAAGAAGACUGAUCGUUCAAGAAUGCAUCUAGAGGAUCCAAUGGAAGUCGAAAAUGGCAUUUGUAGGAAUGAGAAUGAGCCUUCUCUUGACUCUGCGGAUAAGGUGGAGCAGUUAAAGGAAUUGUCUAAGCAGCCUGAUAUAUAUGAAAGGUUGACCAGAUCCCUGGCACCAAAUAUAUGGGAGUUGGAUGAUGUCAAGAAAGGUCUUCUUUGCCAGCUUUUUGGUGGCAAUGCAUUGAAAUUGCCAUCUGGUGCAAGCUUCAGAGGAGAUAUUAAUAUCCUUCUUGUUGGUGAUCCUGGGACUAGUAAAUCCCAGCUCCUGCAAUACAUUCACAAACUUUCACCUCGUGGUAUUUACACAAGUGGACGAGGAAGUUCUGCUGUUGGGUUGACUGCCUAUGUUGCCAAAGAUCCUGAGACUGGAGAAACUGUUCUGGAGAGUGGAGCCCUGGUUCUAAGUGACAGAGGAAUAUGCUGUAUUGAUGAAUUUGACAAGAUGUCUGAUAAUGCAAGGAGCAUGUUGCAUGAAGUCAUGGAGCAGCAGACUGUUUCAAUAGCGAAGGCAGGGAUUAUUGCUUCACUUAAUGCAAGAACUUCUGUACUAGCUUGUGCAAAUCCAAUUGGCUCACGCUACAAUCCUCGUCUCUCUGUUAUUGAUAACAUCCAUCUCCCCCCCACCCUAUUGUCCAGAUUUGAUUUAAUUUAUUUAAUGCUGGACAAGGCAGAUGAGCAGACAGACAGGCGUUUAGCAAAGCAUAUAGUUGCCUUACACUUCGAAAAUCCUGAGAAUUUGAUGCAAGAAUUUAUAGAUCUUCCAACAUUAACUGCUUAUGUGAGUUAUGCACGAAAGCAUAUACACCCACAGUUGUCUGAUGAAGCAGCUGAAGAGUUGACAAGAGGAUAUGUCGAGAUGAGAAGAAGAGGAAACUUCCCAGGCAGUAGCAAGAAGGUCAUUACAGCCACACCCAGGCAAAUUGAGAGUCUAAUACGCCUCAGUGAAGCUCUUGCUCGUAUACGAUUCUCAGUAUGGGUUGAAAAGCAAGAUGUUGUGGAGGCCUUUCGGCUUCUAGAAGUUGCAUUGCAGCAAUCUGCAACAGAUCAUUCCACAGGAACCAUUGAUAUGGACCUCAUCACAACUGGAGUUUCGGCAAGUGAAAGGGUGAGACGGGAGAACUUGGUUUCAGCCACCCGCAAUGUAGUCAUGGAAAAGAUGCAACUAGGAGGACCAUCAUUUCGGUUGAUUGAGAUACUGGAAGAGUUGAAGAAGCAAAGUUCUGACAUCCCACCCAACCUCAAUGAUCUGCGGAAUGCACUUUCUACUCUUGCAAGUGAAGGAUUUGUUCUUGUCCAUGGUGAUCACGUAAAGAGAAUAUAAUGCUAACCUCCGGUAAAUGCUUUGCAUCUGGAGAAAGAGAGAGAGAUUCUACUUGUAAAGUAGUAGUAAUUGGUAAAGGCCCGUGUGAUGUAUGAGUACGUCUUACCCUUUGAGUUACAGUUUUUGUAAUAGCUAACCUUUAAAGACAAGACUCCAGGGACUUUGAGUUUCACGAAGAGCAGAUGCUGGAACUCUACUCUAUUUGCAUUAGACAUCCUAUUUACAUGUUAAUUAUUUGGUGAUGUCAAUAUGUGUUGCUACAUAGAGAAAGUAAUUCUAUUGUAUUACAUGACUAC